AUGGCAACAACUCAGUCGAGGAUCAUUGAGGCUAUUAGAAAAGAUGAUGUUGAAGAAUUCAAGGGCAUUAAAGUAUCCGGUGCCCUCAUCAAUGCAGAACUUCCAAAGAAUAAGGAUUUAGAUUGCCCAAUUCGUGGAACAGCAACAAGGAAGGGAUAUUGCCCCAAGGGAGCUACACAAGUAAUGUAUUGUGCAGCUUGCGGAGCAACAAAUGUUCUUAAACACAUUCUUGAUUCUUAUAAAAAUGUUGACUUAGUCAAGAACAUUGAUGGCUUCAGAGCUUUUCACUGUGCCGUUAUUACAGAUGAUCCAGCAUGUUUCCACAUUCUUUUGAAGAAAUAUUUCGACAACAAAUUGAUUUCUGAUUUAAUAAGUACAGAUGGCGCACAAGACGAACCAGAAAAUAAGGAAAAUGAUAUCGAACUGAUGAAAUCUGUUGCAAUUACAGCCUUUUCUAACUCCGGAUACCACCAGAUUAUCACUAUUUUAGAAAACUUUGAAACUGCUUUCAAAACAUACGACAAUAACACGCAAGACCAUGAUAACAAAAUCUCAUCUAAACUUACGAGCCUUGCAUUGUAUAAUAAGGAUUCAAAGGCCUUAUUCCUUCUCAGAGCCUACAAUUUGCUCGACAUAACAGGAAUGGAUGGAUUUAACCAUGCUCAGGAUACUGAGGACCAAACUCCAAUGAGCAAAGAGUUCAAGAACGCAUUGAAUGAAGUUACCCGUAAAAGCUCAUUCGAUGAAAACGAACAAAAGGCAGAAAGAGAGAAGCUUAAACAAGCAUUGAAGUACAAUUAUAAGGAUGAAGAAGUUAGUUUAACUGUCAAAUGCCACAAUUGCGACAAGGAUGCAACAAAGAAAUUCGAUGGCGAUGGAUAUUAUUAUUGCGACACUUGCUUUAGAAAGGCAAAGAGUAAACAAGCUCAAAAGCCAAAAUAA